AUGCCACUGACGCUGUGGUGGCAAGGUCUGACCAUGGAGAUGGAGCUCAAGAACGCCCUCGCAACCUCUUCAGAGGCGUCUCGCCUAAGCAAACACAUCACGUACUCCAUCACCGCGGCGUCACAGGGCAACGUGAUCCUGCCAUCGUCGCCAGCAAACCCAAACUCCUCCCGCGACAUGUGCAGGAGCUCGAUGAACACUGCUGUGCCGAGGUCAAGUGGCCUCAGAACAGCAUCACAAUCUCAAGUUCUCAACUCAGAGCUCUCCACUUCUCCAGUUUCCAGCCAAGAAAGAGAACUAACCAUGAAUAUGAUCAGCACCAAGAGGAUCGCUCAGAUGGCCAAGAAGUGGCAGAGGAUGGCAGUUCUUGGGAGGAAGCGCCUUACCUGGAGGACGGCAGCAAAGGAAGUAGACAAGUGCUGCACUUCUGUGGCGAGCAAGGGGCACUGUGCAGUGUACACGACUGACGGGGCACGGUUUGAGGUGCCAUUGGCGUGCCUCAGGACGACAGUCUUCGCGGAGCUCCUGCAGAUGUCCAAGGAGGAGUUCGGCUUCACGGGCAGCGACGGCAGGAUCACACUGCCCUGUGAUGCCAUGGUCAUGGAGUACGCCUUGUGCUUGCUGAGGAGGGGUGCCUCUGCGGAGCUCGAGAAGGCAUUCCUGAGCACCAUGGCAAUGCCGUGCCACUCUGCAAACCACGUGGCGCCGUAUGUGGCAGCUUGCUGUUAG